AUGGCUCCAUCAGCAACCUCCCCUGCUCCAGAAGAGACCACAGAUGCCACUGUCCUCACCCUACGCAAAACCCUCUGCUCAGAGAGCUCUCCGCUCGCCCUACGUUUCCGCGCCCUCUUUUCUCUCAAACAUCUCGCCUGCACUCCAUCUUCCUCCAUUAUCCCCGCCAUCGAAGCCAUCGCCGCCGCAUUCGCCUCUCCUUCCGCACUUUUGAAACAUGAACUUGCGUAUUGUUUGGGUCAGACGAGGAAUAUUGAGAGUUCGAAAUAUUUGAGACUGGUGUUGGAAGAUCGCGAGGAAGAUAGUAUGGUGAGACAUGAGGCUGCGGAGGCAUUGGGUGCGUUGGGCGAUAGGGACUGUUUGCAGUUGCUUAGGGAGAGGAGAGAUGAUGUUACUGAGCCGCCUGAGGUGAGCCAGACGUGUGAGUUGAGUGUUGAGAGGAUUGAGUGGGAACAUUCAGAGGCGGGGAAAGCAGAGAAGUUACGACAAUCGGAUUUCGCAUCAAUCGAUCCAGCUCCACCAACUGCAGAAGCAAAUUCAGAAUCGCUAUCAAUCGAGAAACUAGAGAAAACCUUGCUGGAUACCAAGACCCCUCUAUUUAUACGAUACAGAGCAAUGUUCGGUCUGCGAGAUCUUGCAUCACCCCCUGAUCUUCUUACUGCCGUUCCUGCUAUUCUUGCCUUGGCGAAAGGUCUCCAUGAUCCAUCCGUACUCUUCAGACACGAAAUUGCCUUUGUUUUCGGACAACUUUCUCACCCAGCGUCUAUCCCUGCUCUUACUGGCUCCCUGAGCAAUCUGGAGGAAGCGAGUAUGGUCAGACAUGAGGCAGCCGAGGCUUUGGGAAGCUUAGGUGAUGAAGACGGUGUCGAGGAUACACUAAAGAAAUUCUUGGACGACCACGAUGAGGUUGUGAGAGAUAGUGUCAUCGUUGCGUUGGAUAUGGCGGAGUUUGAGAAGAAUGGGGAGACCGAGUAUGCGUUCAUCCCAGAAGAGGAGUAUGUCGAUACGAUAUAG